AUGGACGUCGUGGCGCGCCACCGCCGCCGCCCCACGGGCGCCGCGGCGCCCGGGGGCGGCCCGGGCGGCGACGACGACGCUGGCGCGCUGCUCGACCUCCUGCAGCGCGUGCAGUCGGAGGCGCUGCGCGCGUUCGGGCCGCGCGGCUUCGACCCCAAGCUCUACGUCGACAUGCCGCUCGCCGCCGACCCGGGCGCCGCGGCGGCCGCGCUGCCGCCCGCGCCGUCGAGGGGCGAGAUGGGGGCGUUCCUGCGCCGGUACCUCGCGCCGGCCGGGUCGGACCUCGCUGCCGCGGACCCGCCGGACCUGGCGCUGCCCGAGCCGCGCGGGUUCCUGCCCCGGGUGCGGAGCGGCGCCGCGCGGGCGUGGGCGCGGGAGCUGCACGCGCUGUGGGGGAACCUGACGCGGCGGGUGGCGCCGGGCGUCGCCGCAGCGCGGCACCGGCACACGCUCCUUCCGCUGCCCGGCAGGGCGGUCGUGCCGGGCUCCGGCUACCGGGAGCUCUACUACUGGGACUCCUACUGGGUCGUCAGGUCCGUGCGUUGUGUUCCUCCGGCCACCGCCAUUUUUGCUUUUGCAUGUGCUCGCCCCGAUCGAUCUGCUCGUGAUGCAUGCAGGGGCUUACUGGUGAGCAAGAUGUACGAGACGGCGAAGGAGGUCGUCGUCAACCUCUUGUACCUUGUCGAGAGAUACGGCUUCGUUCUCAACGGUGCGAGAUCCUACUACACUAAUCGAAGCCAGCCACCACUCCUAAGCUCCAUGGUUUUAGAGAUAUACUCAGCAACCGGUGAUUUGGACUUGGUGAAGAAAGCAUUUCCUUCUCUGCUAAAAGAGCAUAGCUUCUGGAUGUCAGAUUUUCACAGAGUAAUGGUAAGGGAUAAUCAGGGACAGAUACAUAGCUUGACUCGGUAUCAAGCUAUGUGGAACAAACCAAGGCCAGAAUCUGCAACCACUGAUCAGCAAAUGGCUUCAAAGCUCUCCUCUGAAGUUGAUAAGGAAAAUUUCUAUCACCAAGUUGCUUCAGCGGCAGAAUCGGGGUGGGAUUUUAGCUCUCGAUGGAUGAGAAAUCCUCCUGACAUGACGACAUUGGCAACAACAUCUAUCAUACCAGUGGAUUUGAACACGUUCAUAUACAAGAUGGAGAGAGACAUUGAAUUCUUUGCUGAACUUACAGGAGAACAUAUAAUUUCAAAAGAAUUUUCUGAUACUGCAAAGGCACGUCAAAUUGCAAUAGACUCUAUUUUAUGGAACUCUGAGAUGGAGCAGUGGCUUGACUACUGGCUUCCUGCUGAUGUACAGUGCCAGGGUGUCUACCAAUGGAAUUCUAAGUCGCAGAACCGCAACAUCUUUGCCUCCAACUUCGUACCUAUCUGGCUAAAUGCAUAUCAUCAUUCAGGCUCGGUGAAAUAUGUCAAUGAGGCAAAAUCAAAAGGAGUCAUGAGAAGCCUGAAGGCAUCAGGGCUACUUCAUAUGUCUGGAAUAGCGGCUUCAUUAUUGAACACCGGGCAGCAGUGGGAUUUUCCGAAUGGAUGGGCCCCAUUGCAGCAUCUGAUAGUUGAAGGACUGGUGAACUGUGGUUCAGCAGAGGCGAGGGAAUUUGCUGAAGAUAUUGCUUCAAGGUGGGUGCGAACGAACUACACCGCCUACAAAGCAAGCGGUGUUAUGUAUGAGAAGUAUGAUGUGGAGGUCUGUGGAAGAUCUGGUGGUAGCGGCGAAUACAAACACCAGACUGGUUUUGGCUGGUCCAAUGGUGUGGUAUUAUCAUUCUUGGAAGAGUUUGGAUGGCCCCGGGACAAGGAGAUUGUCUGCUCCUGAUGCAGGAGAAUCCACAGAAGAAGCAUAAUGCAACCAAAUCAAUGUGCAUACUUUGCAAUAAUGCACGACGGUUUGGAAAAGGUGGUCGUUUUUUAUAUCGAGAAUUGGACAGACGCUUUUAACCCUGUUUUACGUGACCUGUGUAUGAAUACUCCUAUGAGACGCCUGAAGAGUACGUUUUUCAAUGUUGAGUUGGGAAGCGGGCUUUCAGGACAUGUUAUGAUUUGAAGUACUAGCAUUCUAGUUUCAAGUUGAGAAGUGGGGUUUGUUUUGACUUGUAGUAAGUUUGAGAAGAUUGGAAAUAAUUUGUUCGGAUUCCGAAAAGUUUUAAA